AUGCAUGAAGAAAGACAGACUCAUGAACGUUCUAUUAGCGUCGCAAAAGAUUUUGCUUUAGAAAUUUAUGGAAGCGGGGAGCCAGUGAGCCGAGGCAGAGUUGAGCAGAGCCCACUUUACGUACAGAAGGAAUUCGUGGGCCUGGUAGACCCCAACGACGAGUGGGAAGUGAGCCGGAGUCGUGUUCACUUGGGCGCGCUCAUCGGCAGCGGCGCGUUCGGGCGGGUGCACGCCGCUCAGCUCGAGAUGCCGGGCGGGGAGACCAUCACUUCUAUUUUUGACGAUGCUUCAGAAGAGGAGAUGCAAGACUUCUUGGGCGAGAUCGUGAUGUUGAAACAUGUCGGUUCCCACAAACAUGUCAUCCGCCUGAUCGCAUGUUGCACGACACAGGCUCCUCUGAUAGCCUUGCUGGAGCAUGCUCCGCGAGGCGACUUGCUCACUCUCCUCCGUACCACUAGAGGGAGAAGGAAAGUGGAACAAACUUCGUGCGAUACAAGGACGUUCAACAGCGACGCUAACGGACGGCCUUCUGAAGCGGACACCUUACUGAUGCAUGCCCCGCGAGGCAACUUGCUCACUCUCCUCCUUACCGCUAGAGGGAGAAGGAAAGUGGAACAACCUUCGUGCGAAACAAGAAUGUUCAACAGCGACAGACAAGGAAGAAAGAAUAUGGAACAAACUUCAUGCGAAACAAGGAUGUUCAACAGCGACGCUACCGGACGGCCUUCUGAAGCGGCUCUUCUGAUUGCCUUGCUGGAGUAUGCCCCGCAAGGCGACUUGCUCACUCUCCUCCAUACCGCUAGAGGGAGAAGGAAAGUGGAACAAACUUCGUGCGAAACAAGGAUGUUCAACAGCGGCGCUAACGGACGGCCUUCUGAAGCGGACUCUGUUUACACAAACUUGAGCGACUCGGACCCUGCUCUGUCGGAGAGCAAGCUGUGUGCCGACGGCAGCGACCGUCUGAAGACCAACGACCACUACGUGGCCGAGCCGGCUCUGCAACUGGACAGCACCACCAUGCGGGAAGACCUCGCGGCCCGCAACAUCUUGGUGGACGGCGCGGGUGUACUGAAAGUGGCCGACUUCGGCCUCUCCCGUUCCGGGGUGUACGUGCACACGCGUUCCAGGCCGCUCAGCAACAGCCAAGUUCCCACAUUUCUGAGUGGAGGUGGCCGCCUCCCGAAGCCAGCACGCGCCUCCCAGCGCCUCUACGAGCUGAUGGUCGAUUGCUGGUCCGAAGACCCCACGAGAAGACCCAGCUUCACGCACAUAGUAGACAAGUUAACCGCCCAGAGACAACUUUAUGUAGACCUCGACUCAAUAUUUAUGGUAGAAGAACCCUUCGAUGAUGACGAAUCACAAUGGAGCAAAGACUGA